AUGCUCAGUGUGAAGGUUGUCGAGAGAGCGAAUACUGCUUUGCCAGGAUCUCCUCAGACUCAAAGUACUGCUAAAAUAACGAUAGAAAGCAUUAAUUUGAAAGUGCCACAUCUCACACCCAACGAUGACAUAAAGUUGCAGUUGUUGACACGUAUCAAAGCAGAUGAGCCUAUGAUGAUACCGUUCCGUCGAUGGGAAUUGCACGAGCUACCAGCACUCACACAAGGAUCCACCAUAGAAAUCUGGUCCGUCAAGACAUGUUCUGCAUUGGACAGUCCAAGAUAUGUUAUAGUAUUUUUCCAAACGAAAAAAGCCGAUAAUUUGCAUGAAGACGUCACCUUGUUCGAUAAUGCCAACAUCAAAUCCAUACGAUUGGCUCUGAAUAGCGACUAUUAUCCGCAAGAACGAAUGCUAUUGGACUUUUCCAAAGACCAAUAUGCCGACGCCCACUUCAACUAUAAAGAGUUCAACAAGAGCUACCAUAACUGUCAAGAAAAGCGCUCUCUAGUAAACUUUGCCGAAUUCAAAUCCCGACCAAUGUUUGUUAUCGAUUGCUCGAGGCGCCAUCUGGGUCUAAAGUCGUCCACAGUUGACAUAAAGUUGGACAUUGAAGCUACUACAGGCUUCCCUCCCGACACCAAAGCCUAUUGCAUCAUCAUUCACGAUCAAACCAUGGAACAUCUCCCACUCAGCGAAAUUAACCUAGAGGUGACGGCGGUAGCUUUCUGGAGAGCCCUACCAGAAACCAUUACAUAUGAGGCAACGAUUCAACUUAUAUACGAGACUGCUUGGUAUGACGGUGUCCCGAUGAGUACUACGAGGGUCAAAAGUAGUUGUGAUUCCAGAAGGGAUCGAACUAGACCCGAGUGCAUGAUCUUACAAGAUCUGAAUGCUCUACAGAAGGCAUAUGCGGAAGAAUUCUCCUCUCUAGCUAAGAGCUGGAGUCCCAGCUACUCAAAAAAUAACUCUGAACUGAGAAACGAAUUGAAAAAAAGGGCACUUGACUUCAUUGGAGAUGGGUUGUCAUGGUGUUGUGAGGUGGCGACUCAGCACAAGCUAGAUGACCUGAAGGGGCAGGAAGAAAAUAUUGCAAGCAUCUGUGCGCUUCAAUAUAAUACUGGUGUGCAGAUGCACAACGUUCCUAAUAUUUUAUUUCUAGACAAAAUAGAACUUGCUACGUUAGCACUUGGAAAUACUAUCAGUGGUGCCAACUUCUUCGAAGAAAUGGAUGAAGAAAAAGAUAACAAGAUUACUGCAGACUUCGGCGAACCCAUAACGUUGGAAACGAAAAAUGGCCUUGAUGAGACGACUCCUGAUGAAGAAAAUAAUGUUUUCGUUGAAGUGAACGAAACUAAAACUGAUGGAUCAGUCUAA